CAAAAUGUAGUGAUAUUUGUUUGCUGGCUCCAAAGAAAAAUGGAAGUACUAAAGGGUAUAUUUGCGCAUGUCCUGAUGAUAAAAUACUAACUCCAGGAGGAUUUUUAUGUGUUGAUAUUGCUUCACCUCCUACAUUAAUUGUUGGUACAACAAAUGGUCUUUUAGAAGUAGAACAUGAACACUUAGGGCGUCAAAAAAUUAUAGAAAUACCAUUAAAAAAUAAAAUACCAAGAAUUUCUGCCCUGGUUUAUAAUUCACUAACAGGAAAUAUCAUUAUAUUUGAUUCAAAAUCAAAAAAAAUAUCGACAUAUGAUUUACUCAAAAUGAAAUUAUCAGAUUUAGUAACAUCAGAAUUAGGUGUUAUACACUCAUUAAAAUUUGAUAACCAUGGAAAUAAUUUAUAUUGGUGUGACUGGACCAGAGGUACAUUAAAUGUUUUAAGUAUGACCACAAAAUCUCGAACAGUUCUUCUAAAAGAAUUAGAUGGACAUAUUCCUAUUGCCGUUGCUUUAGUACCGGAUCAAGGAUAUAUGUUUGUGGCUAUGAAAGAUGGGAGUCAUCUCCAUAUAGAUCGAAUCAAUAUGGAUGGUAAUGUUAAAACACUUGUACAUUCUGUUGAAGUUGGUUUACUUGAACAAGAGAUUAUUUUACAUUUUGAUACAGCCUCUAGAAGAUUAUAUUUCACAUACUUUCAAAAUGGAAUAAUUGAAAGUGUAAAUCAGGAUGGUAAAAUAUAUUUCUAUUUUCUAAUUUAAAAAUAAAAAACAAUG